CGCGCUGUACCCGCCGUCGAAGCCGCGGUCCGUUCGAAGUCUCCCCGGCUUCGCGGUGCCUCGCGGCGCGGCCCGGGGCCGUGAGUGUCACCAGCGGGCGACGGGGGGCACGUGCCAGGGCCUCGCGGUGAGGCCGGCGGGAGCGCGAACGCGAGGCAGCGUGGUGCUGUGGUGGGGCCGCCCCAACGGGCGUGGGCCUUCACAGCGUGGCGGCCUGAACUGAAGUUUUUGUGCUCUGGCACCAAGACUGGCACCUCCUGCGGCCCAGUACCUUUUGCCUGCAUUGCCUGCAGAGUCCCACUCGACUGUCUUCAGCCCGGCUCACACCGAGACCCAGCCCUCUCCCAUUGGCCCCCAGCAGGCCCACCUUUGGGAGGGCGUAAUGGAAAGGUCCCUGGAGGAUGGGGAUGAGUCCCCAGACUCCCAGGGCCAUGCCACAGACUGGAGGUUUGCUGUGUGCAGUUUCAGGGAUGCCUGGGAAGAGGAGGAAUCUGCUUCCCAGAUGCACAAUAAGGACACAGGUGCUCCAGGACCAUCAGCGGGGGCAGCCCAGGAUGAGGGGCUACAGGACAGCCACUUGUCCAGGGAGCUUCAGUUACCGCCGGCUGCAGAUGGAUCAGGGGAUACCCAGAGGGGCAUAGUAGAAAGCUCCUCAGUCCUCUCAGAAGGGCCAGGCCCCUCUGGAGUGGAGAGCCUCAUAUACCCCAUGUCCUCCCAUCUCAGCUUGGCACAGGGUGAGAGUGACAGCCCAGGGGCAGGGUUGGUAGGGGACCCAGAUCCAAGCAGGGCGAUGCCAUCUGGCUUGAGCCCUGGGGGAUUGGACAGUGAUCCUGUGGGCCUUGGAGACCCUUUAUCAGACACAUCGUCAAAGCUGCUGGAGGCAGCCCCCAGUGGAUCCAGCCUCCCUAAGCCUGCUGACUGCCUCCUGGCCCAAGACCUCUGCUGGGAGCUGCUGGCCAGUGGCAUGGCCACCUUGCCAGGGACUCGGGAUGUGAAAGGUCGAGCAGUGCUGCUUCUGUGUGCCCACAGUCCAGCCUGGCUUCAGCCCGAGUGCAGCAGCCAGGAACUCAUCCGCCUCCUACUCUACCUGAGAAGCAUCCCCAGGCCUGAAGUCCAGGCCCUGGGACUGACGGUGCUAAUAGAUGCCCAAAUUUGUUCCCCAAGUUCUUCCCUCUUCUUUGGGCUCAGCCAACUACAAGAAGCAGCCCCAGGGGCCUUGCACCAGGUGCUGCUAGUGGGAAGCAUGCUGCUGGAGGAGGUGCCUUCCGGGCUGCAGCUGGAGCAGCUGCCUUGUCAUCAGAGCCUGCUGACCCACAUCCCAAUGGCCGGGCUGCCCACUUGGCUAGGAGGAGGCCUGCCUUACUGCCAUCAGGCCUGGCUGGAUUUCCGGAGGCGGCUGGAAGCCCUACUGCAGAACUGUCAGGCGGCUUGUGUCCUGCUCCAGGGGGCCAUUGAAAGUAUGAAGGCUGUGCCCCAGCCCAUGGAACCUGGGGAGGUCAGUCAGCUGCUACAGCAGACAGAGGUCCUGAUGCAGCAGGUGCUAGACUCACCACAGCUGGCAUGGCUACAAUGCCAGGGGGGCCGGGAGCUGACACGGCUGAAGCAAGAGGUCCCAGAGGUGACCCUGAGCCCAGACUACAGGACGGCAAUGGACAAGGCCAAUGAGCUAUAUGACCAUGUGGAUGGAUUGCUGCACCAACUGACCCUGCAGAGCAAUCAGCGAAUACAGGCCCUAGAGUUGGUCCAAACACUUGCGACCCAGGAGGGCGGACUGCACCAGAUUGAAGUGUGGCUGCAGCAGGUGGGCUGGCCAGCACUGGAGGAGCCUGGGGAACCCUCACUGGACAUGAUGCUCCAGGCCCAAGGCCCUUUUCAGGAGCUGUACCAGGUUGCCCAGGAGCAGGUCAGGCAAGGAGAGAAGUUUCUGCAGCCACUGGCUGACUGGAAGGCAGCUGAGCUGGGCCCCCCUGGGGCACGCUUUCUGGCCCUGCGAGCCCAGCUGACUGAAUUCUCUAGGGCCUUGGCCAGGCGGUGCCAGCGGCUCGCAGAUGCUGAGAGGCUGUUUCAGCUCUUCAGGGAGGCCUUGACGUGGGCUGAGGAGGGGCAGCAGGUGUUGGCAGAGCUGGAGCAGGAGCGCCCAGGGGUUGUGUUGCAGCGGCUGCAGCUGCAUUGGACCAGGCACCCUGACUUGCCUCCUGCCCAUUUCCGAAAGAUGUGGGCUCUGGCCACAGGUCUAGGCUCAGAGGCCAUCCGCCAGGAGUGCCGCUGGGCCUGGGCGCGGUGCCAGGACACCUGGCUGGCCCUGGACCAAAAGCUCGAGGCUGCACUGAAGCUACCACUGGUGGGCAGCACCGCUAGCCUGUGUGUCAGCCAGGUCCCCACUGCACCUGCCCACCCUCCCCUGAGGAAGGCCUACAGCUUUGAUCGGAAUCUGGGGCAGAGUCUCAGUGAACCUGCCCGCCACCGCCACCAUGCAGCCACUAUUGGUGCCUGCCGCAGACCAGAGGCUGGAGGAGGUGCCCAUUCCCAGGCAUCCCCUACUGUGCCUCCACCAGGCAGCUCUGACCCCGGGAGCCCCAACAGGCUGCAGCUGGUGCUGGCAGAGAUGGUGGCCACAGAGCGAGAGUAUGUCCGGGCCCUAGAGUACACAAUGGAGCACUAUUUCCCCGAGCUGGAUCGCCCCGAUGUACCUCAGGGCCUCCGCGGCCAGCGUACCCACCUCUUUGGCAACCUGGAGAAGCUGCGGGACUUUCACUGCCACUUCUUCCUGCGUGAGCUGGAGGCUUGCACCCGGCACCCGCCUCGAGUGGCCUAUGCCUUCCUGCGCCAUAGGGUGCAGUUUGGGAUGUAUGCGCUCUACAGCAAGAAUAAGCCUCGCUCUGAUGCCCUGAUGUCCUGCUAUGGGCACACCUUCUUCAAGGACAAGCAGCAAGCACUCGGGGACCACCUGGACCUGGCCUCCUACUUGCUAAAGCCCAUCCAGCGCAUGGGCAAGUACGCGCUGCUGCUGCAGGAGCUGGCACGGGCCUGCGGGGGUCCCACACGGGAGCUCAGCGCACUGCAGGAGGCCCAGAGCCUCGUGCAAUUCCAGCUGCGGCACGGCAAUGACCUACUGGCCAUGGACGCCAUCCAGGGCUGUGAUGUUAACCUCAAGGAACAGGGUCAGUUGGUGCGACAGGAUGAGUUUGUGGUGCGCACUGGGCGCCACAAGUCCGUUCGCCGCAUCUUCCUCUUCGAGGAGCUGCUGCUCUUUAGCAAGCCUCGCCAUGGGCCCACAGGUGUAGACACAUUUGCCUACAAGCGCUCCUUCAAGAUGGCAGACCUUGGUCUCACUGAGUGCUGUGGGGACAGCAACCUGCGCUUCGAGAUCUGGUUCCGCCGCCGGAAGGCCAGGGACACCUUUGUCCUACAGGCCUCCAGCUUGGCCAUCAAGCAAGCCUGGACGGCUGACAUAUCCUGCCUGCUCUGGAGGCAGGCCGUCCACAACAAGGAGAUGAGGUCUCACUCUAUUGCUCACACUGGUCUCAAACUCCUGGGCUCAAACAGUCCUCCCAUCUUGACCUCCCAAACUGCCGUGAUUAUAGAGGUGCGCAUGGCUGAGAUGGUGUCCAUGGGUGUGGGGAACAAGGCCUUCCGAGACAUUGCCCCCAGCGAGGAAGCUAUCAAUGACCGCACCGUCAACUAUGUCCUGAAGUGCCGAGAAGUUCGCUCUCGGGCCUCCAUUGCUGUGGCCCCGUUUGACUCUGACAGCCUCUACCUGGGGGCCUCAAACUCCCUUCCUGGAGACCCUGCCUCUUGCUCUGUUCUGGGGUCCCUCAACCUGCACCUGUACAGAGACCCAGCUCUUCUGGGUCGCCAAUGUCCUCUGUAUCCCAACUUCCUGGAGGAAGCACCACUGGAGGCCGAGGUGGAGCUGGGCAGCCUGCCCUCUUUGACUCCUGAGGACUCAGAGGUCUCAUCCCAAUGCCCGUCAGCCAGUGGCUCCAGUGGCUCUGACAGCAGCUGUGUGUCAGGGCAGGCCCUGGGUGGGGGCAUCGAGGACUUAUACUAUGUCUGAUCCCGGGACUGGACAAGCAGUGGAUCGAGUGUCCUGCAGCUCCAAGGAACAUUACCUUCUGGAUCUGUUGUGACCAGGGUGUGGCUGACACCUGGGCUACCUCCAGCCUGUGUGCAGCCCUGUUGACUACUCUUUCUGAUGUCUGUGGCCAUUGGACAAACUGGCAUGGGGCCUCUCUAGGGGAGUCUGGCUGUAGAGCCUGAAGAGCUGGGGACAGAUCCCUUCUGUCCCCAGCUCCCAUCCCAGUUGUGGGUUAAGAAUAGGUUAGAAUAGUGGGUGGGUGUUUCCAUGCUCUAGGCUGGUGGGGCACCCUGUGCCUCUGGGCAGUGACUAGGCUACCCCUAUCCCUCAGGAGGAACACACGUGGGCUCCUAGCAGCUGCUCCCCAAUCCCUGGCCUUCAAACCAAGUUUACCUCCCAUAGGGGACGAUCCACCUCUACUGUGCCCUGAUGCUUGCCCAUCCUGGCCCCCAGGCCCAGCCCCUUUUUUCCUGGGGCAGUUUCGUUAUUUUGACUUGAUGCCUUUUGAAUAACUUUCAAUAAAGUUGUAUAAAAUUAUCUCACUGGUUGUUAGGCCUUUGGUGUCUCAGAGGAGUCUAUUUCUGUGACAUGUGAUUUACUCUUUUAUUUUUUUAUAAUAAAAAGUAGACUGACAUGUA